CCACCGCGAGUCUUCCUCGCACCUCCUGCUUUAGCUUUCUGGCUGCUUAGAGGAGGACAGCGUGCUUUUUCUGCUAGAAAUCCGGAAAAAGAUUGGAUUUUUGGCUCCGAUUGGGUUGGUUCUACGAAUUGCAUACAUAAAGGUCUCUCCUUGCCCGAAGAUGCUCAGCUUAGCUUGUUGAGUGUGUCGGGUUUUUUUUGUGGUGGUGGGUGGCUGCUCUCCUGAGAUUGGAACUCGCUAGAUAAGCGGUGAAGAGGUGCCGUGCCUUCUUCUGGGGCUUCUCUUCGAAGUCCUGCGUUCGGAAGAAAGGAUGCGUUUUUUUAUCUGGUUUGAUCCAAAACAAGAGUUUUUCCCCUUUCUGUGAUCGAAUGAGGGGUUCCCGGAAUCUGUUGCUGUAAAAGACGCCGAUUUCAGGUCCUGAUUCGGGAAGGUCGAGGAAAAUUUUCUGAUAUCUUUGUAUGAGCCGAGUGAUCUGAAGAACGAGGAGGGAGGGUCACUUCUUUUUUCUGGAGAGCGGAAUUUAUAGCUUGAGCAGGAGAAAUGGAGAAACAGCAAGGCUCUCGAAUGGGAGCCGCCUUGGAGAAGCUGCAUAGCUUUCGGCUGGGGGUGAUGGAGAAGCAGAAGAGCUUUCGGAUGGAUAAGCAAAGGAGCUUUCGACUGGGAGGCGGACAGCAAAGCUUCAAGGAAAGGAAGAACAAAGAGAGCCCUGGCAAGCGAGGGGAUACAGAGCUCCAUCUCGCCGCCAGGGCUGGCAACGCGGCGCACAUACGCAAGAUAGUCUCAGAGUGCAGCAGCGAGAGCGAGCUGAAGGAUUUGGUCUGCAAGCAGAACCAGGAUGGGGAGACAGCCUUGUACGUUGCUGCAGAAAUGGGUCAUGUGGCGGCUGUUCCAGAGAUACUGAAAGUUUCCGACGUUCAAUCGGCAGCCAUCAAGGCCCAUAACAGCUACGAUGCAUUCCAUAUUGCCGCUAAGCAGGGCCACCUCGAAGUGCUGAAGGACCUCUUGCAUUCUUUCCCUGCAUUGGCUAUGACUACAAACUCAUUAAAUUCUACAGCCUUGGAUACUGCUGCAACUCAAGGUCACAUCGAAAUAGUCAAUCUACUGCUAGAAACGGAUGCAAGCCUUGCUAAAAUUGCAAGGAAUAAUGGUAAAACUGUUCUACAUUCGGCAGCAAGAAUGGGCCAUGUCGAAGUGGUGAAAUCCCUAUUAGAUCAGGAUCCCAGCAUUGGUUUAAGGACCGAUAAGAAGGGGCAAACAGCAUUUCACAUGGCUGUGAAGGGCCAAAAUGUGGAGAUGGUGCUGGAAUUGCUGAAACCUGAUGUAUCAAUCAUCAAUCUGGAAGAUAGUAAGGGGAACAGACCAUUGCAUAUUGCUACUAGGAAGGGCAAUCCAAAGAUUUUGCAGGCUUUGUUAUCGGUGGGAGGAAUCGAUAUCAAUGCAGUGAAUAAAGCAGGAGAAACUGCCCUCAGCAUUGCGGAAAAAUUUGCAAAUGAAGAGAUCGCUUCCAUUCUAAGAGAAUUUGGUGCAGUUGUCGCGAAAGAACCUGCAAAUUCAAUGACUGCUGCCAAGCAACUGAAGAAAACAGUCAGUGACAUAAAACAUGAUGUUCAAUCCCAACUCAAACAAACCCGACAAACAGAAAUGAAGGUCCAGAAGAUCAAGAAGCGACUUCAGAAGCUCCACAUCGGAGGUCUCAACAAUGCCAUCAAUUCCAACACCGUGGUGGCCGUGCUCAUAGCCACCGUCGCCUUUGCAGCCAUAUUCCAAUUGCCCGGGCAGUACGUUGACCUCCCUCAGGAUGGAUAUAGCCCCGGACAAGCCUACAUCGCAAGGAACGCAGCAUUCAUCAUCUUUUUGGUCUUCGACUCUCUGGCUUUGUUCAUCUCGCUGGCGGUGGUGGUCGUCCAGACUUCCUUGAUCGUGGUCGAGCAGAAAGCCAAGAGGAGGAUGGUUUUUGUGAUGAACAAGCUGAUGUGGCUGGCUUGCCUCUUCAUCUCCGUGUCCUUCAUCUCCCUAACAUAUGUUGUUGUGGGCCGGCACGAGUGGUGGCUUGCAUGGGCAACGAUGGCCAUCGGGACCACCAUCAUGCUGACCACUUUAGGAUCGAUGUGCUACUGUGUGAUUGUUCACCGGAUUGAAGCCAAUAACUUGAGGAACAUCAGGAGGAACUCCGGGAGCAGGUCACGGUCAUGGUCUUUGUCGGUGGUCUCCGACUCCGAGUUACUGAACAGCGAGUACAAGAAGAUGUAUGCUCUUUAGGAGCCAUAUGCUGUGCAAAACUUACAGUUGCUGCACUUGAAAGGGCUACAUCUCAACAGUGAAGCGGCUCAUCUCUAAGCUCAAGACACGAACCAUGGUUGGUGAAUUGAUCUUAUGCAUGCUCGACUUGUGUUAUUUUUGGCCAUGUUGCUUUAGAGAUGAAGAUACACCAUUGUUAUACUUGAUUCUUAUGCAUGAACUACGUCUCCCCUA